AAGGUAGAUACUAGAGUAGAGGGCAAGCUCGGACCAAAAAGAAAGAACGAAAAGAGAAAAAUUAGAGGGAAAGCUUGGAACUUGAUCGGAGAGAGAGAAAGAGAGAGAAAGGGACCUGAACUGGAAUUGUAAUAGAUUAUAGAUGAAUUGGACAAGGUUUUCCACCAAGGUUUACAAAGCUACUGCAGCAGAUUCCAAAUGCGGUUCGUCAUUCUGUUAUACUCGAAAACCCCAUCAGAAAGCUAUUCACGACACUCAAAGAGGAAGUCUACCGGCAACUUCAUGGCCUCAGGAUGGAGUUGGUGCUGCUACUACUGCGGCUACAGAUUUUCGAGAUUUUGAACAGAGGUUCAUUGUUGCAAGAAAUGUCAUUUGGAGGUUUAAAGGAAAUUCCAUGUGGUCUAAACAGAGCCCGGUAUCUUUGUCUCGUCAAUUUGGACACAAGGCUGGUACUGGUCGUGAUCCUGACUUGACUAGGGACUUCCUUGUACAGCUCUGGGUUGCAGAUAGGAAAACGGAACACUCCAAAAGAAAGAGAAGAGGGAAAGCUGUUAAGUAUAGAAAAGAAACACCAUACCACUAUUCAUCCUAUGGAUGGUAUCCGGAUGCAUUUUUCAAUGCAGCAGACCCUUCUGGCCAACCACCUCUAAGCCAAUCCAUCUCGGGAUUUCUGAAACCGGAAUCUCCAGAAGAGGUCCAGGUGAUGCCUCUUCUUGCUAGAUCAAAUAUGCUGAUUACGAGGGAUAUAGAGUGGGCAAAUCUUGUACUUGGCUUUGAGCAGGAAAACCGGUAUGGAAUAGUAGAUGUGUGCUACCCAGAGUCGCCUGUGGGUUUGAUUCGUGAGCAGAGCCAUGUUAUUACUAGACAGUUGCUUCGCCUGAGGCGCCCUUUUGUUGCUUAUAUAACUGAUGCCAUGGGUAAUGAGCUCUUUAGGGUUCGCAGGCCUUUUUGGUGGAUAACCAGCUCAAUUUAUGCAGAGAUCAAUGGCAAGGAAGUUGGUGUGGUUCACAGACGAUGGCAUCUUUGGAAGAGGGUGUAUGAUUUGUACCUGGGGGAUAAGCAGUUUGCAGUUGUUGAAAACCCUGGCUUCUGGAAUUGGACUUUUACUUUGAAGGACAUUGAUGGUGAAGUUUUGGCUCAGAUAGAUCGUGACUGGAGGGGUUUUGGCUUUGAGAUUUUUACUGAUGCGGGGCAAUAUGUGAUCCGUUUCGGGAGUUCUGAUCCCAGCUCCAAGACCGGUGCUGCUAGCUUGAUUGAAGAGUUGGAAGUCAGACGUCCACUGACUCUGUUGGAGAGAGCUGUAACUGUUGCUCUGGCUAUAUCGUUGGACAAUGACUAUUUCUCAAGACAUGGUGGAUGGGGAUUACCUUUUGUUGAAGUAGGAGAGUAGGUCUGGCUGGCUGUACAGAUGAAAAUCGAUGUGGUUACGUGGUCAUUCUUAAUACAUGAGGGCUCAAGACAAGGCCCGGCUGCUUGUUAGAUGUGAUUCUAGCGGGGAUGCUAAUGUUCUUGUUUCUUGGUGAAGACAUAAUUGUACCAUUGAGUCAUUGAAUUGCUUACUUUUUAUGAUCGAUUAGGAUGACUUGCAAAGACCAUAUCUUGGUAUUCUCUGCAGCACAAGAGACAUGCGCAAAACUUGAAAGAAGAGAACUUUAGUUAACUCUAAAUUGGAA